GGGCGGUCUCAGACCAGCUCCGCCCCACCUGUCCUUUCCCCGGAGACCAUUAGUUCAGGGGCUUGUCCUUUCAGUGCCAUUGGCCUGGCGGGCUGGAUCGAGGAGGAAGUGGCUGAGAUCAGGCGUGUUCUUCCUUCCUGGACCACUGUGCACUACUGUGCCAGUGGCUCCUCCCCAUCCCCGUGACCCUCUGCCUGUGACUCCCCCAUCCUUCCAAGGAGAUGCUGUCCCGUGGGUGGUUUCACCGAGACCUCAGUGGGCUGGAUGCAGAGACGCUGCUUAAGGGCCGAGGAGUCCAUGGGAGCUUCUUGGCUCGGCCCAGUCGCAAGAACCAGGGAGACUUCUCUCUCUCUGUCAGGGUGGGAGAUCAGGUGACCCAUAUCCGGAUCCAGAACUCAGGGGAUUUCUACGACCUGUAUGGAGGGGAGAAGUUUGCAACGCUGACUGAGUUGGUGGAAUACUACACCCAUCAGCAGGGUGUCCUGCAGGACCGUGAUGGCACCAUCAUCCACCUCAAGUACCCCCUUAACUGCUCCGACCCCACCAGUGAAAGGUGGUACCAUGGCCACAUGUCUGGAGGACAGGCAGAAGCACUGCUGCAGGCCAAGGGUGAGCCCUGGACAUUUCUUGUGCGUGAGAGUCUCAGCCAGCCUGGUGAUUUUGUGCUGUCUGUGCUCAGCGACCAGCCCAAGGCCGGCCCGGGCUCCCCACUCAGGGUCACUCACAUCAAGGUCAUGUGUGAGGGUGGACGCUUCACGGUGGGUGGUUCGGAGACCUUUGACAGCCUGACAGACCUGGUGGAACAUUUCAAAAAAACAGGAAUUGAGGAGGCCUCGGGGGCUUUCGUCUACCUGCGGCAGCCUUACUAUGCCACUCGGGUGAAUGCAGCUGACAUUGAGAACCGGGUCUUGGAACUGAAUAAGAAGCAGGACUCAGAGGACACAGCCAAGGCUGGCUUCUGGGAGGAGUUUGAGAGUUUACAGAAGCAGGAGGUGAAGAACUUGCACCAGCGGCUGGAAGGGCAGCGACCAGAGAAUAAGAGCAAGAACCGAUACAAGAACAUUCUCCCCUUUGACCACAGCCGAGUGAUCUUGCAGGGACGGGACAGUAACAUCCCUGGGUCAGACUACAUCAAUGCCAACUAUGUCAAGAAUCAGCUGCUGAGCCCUGAUGAGAACUCUAAGGCCUACAUUGCCAGCCAGGGCUGUCUGGAGUCCACAGUCAAUGACUUCUGGCAGAUGGUAUGGCAGGAAAACACACGCGUCAUCGUCAUGACCACCCGAGAGGUGGAGAAAGGCCGGAGCAAAUGUGUUCCCUACUGGCCAGAGGUAGGCACUCAGCGUGUCUAUGGACUCUACUCUGUGGUCAAUUGCAGAGAGCACGACACAACAGAAUAUAAACUCCGUACUUUACAGGUCUCCCCACUGGACAAUGGGGACCUGGUUCGGGAGAUCUGGCACUACCAGUACCUGAGCUGGCCUGACCAUGGGGUCCCCAGUGAGCCUGGGGGUGUCCUCAGCUUCCUGGACCAGAUCAACCAGCGGCAGGAAAGUCUGCCUCAUGCAGGGCCCAUCAUUGUGCAUUGCAGUGCAGGCAUCGGCCGCACAGGCACCAUCAUUGUCAUCGACAUGCUCAUGGAGAGCAUCUCCACCAAGGGUCUGGACUGUGACAUUGACAUCCAGAAGACAAUCCAGAUGGUGCGGGCACAGCGCUCAGGCAUGGUGCAGACGGAGGCGCAGUACAAGUUCAUCUAUGUGGCCAUUGCCCAGUUCAUUGAAACCACCAAGAAGAAGCUGGAAGUCAUGCAGUCUCAGAAGGGCCAGGAGUCAGAAUAUGGGAACAUCACCUAUCCCCCAGCCAUGAGGAGUGCCCACGUCAAGGCUUCCCGUACUUCCUCCAAACACAAGGAGGAUGUAUAUGAAAACCUGCACAGUAAGAGCAAGAAGGAGGAGAAAGUGAAGAAGCAGCGGUCAGCAGACAAGGAGAAGAGCAAAGGUUCCCUCAAGAGGAAGUGAGCUGGGCUCCAUCCUGAGGGGGCCAUGCCUCAGGCCUGAUCCCUGCAGAGGACUGAACCUACCCACAAAACCCAUGCCAGAACUUAGGACCCCUAUUCUAUUGUAAUUUAAAAGGCUGUGCCCCUACCUCCUUCUCUCCUCACUCUGUAUAUAGCCCAACAAGGCUCCAGGUAGAGCCAGGUCCUUCUAUUCUUGUAAAUAAAACCCCUGAAUCACUGUG